GUAAAACACCACCUUGGUUGCCUUUGCCGAAUUUUUGCCAGCUGAGAAUGGUGGAGACGUGAUGGUUGUCGGGGGUCAAAUUUUUCAGUUUGGGCGAGCCUUGGCCCGCACCAAAGAGUGCAUUCGACUUUUCAACUUGCGGAAAUGUGAAAGAGGGUAUGCGACUGGAAACCGAUUGUACGCCACCUCCAGCUCAGGUGGCGGCAAACAAGAGGACUCGUCAGGGUCUAAAGAUGGGGAGCAAAGCAGCACGGCCAAAAUCAUCGCCGGAGUUGCCGUCACGGCAGUCACUGCAGCCUUGGUUUACAAAUCUGGCAUUUUCGAGCCAUCUGGCCUCGACACACCUAAGAAAAUAAAAAAAUCACCAGCUCAGCAGAAAGUUAAAACUAGGCCAGCAGUCGUAAGAAAUCCUGUCAAUCCAGCCGAUAUUCCAAACAUAGUACCUUACCUUUUGAUCGGAGGAGGCACAGCCUCGUUUGCUGCAUUCCGCGCCAUCAAGUCGAGAGAUCCCACGGCCAAGGUGCUAGUUGUGACUGAGGAAGGCCACUUGCCUUACAUGAGACCUCCCUUGUCGAAAGAGCUGUGGUUCAAUGACGAUCAGGAGGCGACUAAAAAUUUGAAAUUCAAGCAGUGGAAUGGAAAGGAAAGAAGCCUUUACUUUGAGCCUGACCAGUUUUACUGCAAAGUUGAAGAAUUGGACACGAAGGAAAACGGAGGAGUAGCGGUGGCCUCGGGAUGGAAAGUGGAGCGUUUGGAUUUGGCCGAAAAGAAGGCGAUUCUGACCGGUGGAAAGGAAAUCCAGUUUGAAAAGUGUCUGAUCGCAACUGGAGGAACUCCCAAAAGUUUGAGCAUUUUCGACAAGGCCAGUGAUGAAGUCAAAGACAAGGUGACACUGUUCCGAGGCAUUGCCGACUUCCAGGAGUUGGACGCAGUUGCCAGCACUGCGAAGAGCAUUGUCGUCAUUGGCGGAGGAUUCCUCGGCAGUGAACUUGUGUGCGCCCUCGGAAAGAAAAGCAAAACGUUGGCGAGCAACCCCAAAAUCAUCCAAGUUUAUCCUGAAAAGGGCAACAUGGGAAAAGUGCUCCCCGAGUAUCUGAGCCAGUGGACGACUAACAAAGUUCGAAACGAAGGGGUUGAAGUUAUCUCGGAGGCGUUUGUGACCGGUGUUAGCCUCGAUAAAGGAAAACUUGCAAUCAAACUCAACAAUGGCAACAUUAUCAAUGCAGACCAUGCCGUUGUUGCUGUCGGUUUGCAGCCGAACACUCAGUUGGCAAACACGUCUGGCCUUGAGGUGCACGAAGAACUCGGAGGUUUCCUCGUGAAUGCCGAGUUGGAGGCGCGGUCCAACCUUUGGGUGGCUGGAGAUUGCGCUUGCUUCUUUGACGUAAAGCUUGGCCGACGCAGAGUAGAACAUCACGAUCAUGCCGUUGUUUCUGGAAGACUUGCCGGUGAAAAUAUGACUGGUGCAGGCAAGCCGUACUGGCACCAGAGCAUGUUUUGGUCUGACCUCGGCCCCGAGGUUGGUUACGAGGCCAUCGGAAUUGUUGAUUCUUCUCUGCCAACCGUAGGUGUGUUUGCAAAAGCCACCGAAUUAGACACUCCGAAAGCUGCUGUUGAAGCUUCAGGAGAGGGAGAUCGGUCGAAAUCGGAAUCCAACGCUGCCCCCGUCAAACCUGCAACUCAAGAACAGCCUCGUGGACCUAAGGAUGGUGAAGAUUACGGAAAAGGGGUUGUUUUCUACUUGCGAGACGACAUAGUGGUCGGCAUCGUUCUUUGGAACGUUUUCAAUCGAAUGAGCGUCGCCAGACAAGUCAUCAAAGAAGGAAAGAAAUUCGAGGAUUUGAACGAAGUUGCGAAACUCUUCAACAUUCACGGCGAGUAACUUAAUUGAUAGACGAACCAUUGCAUUAGGAGGACUGUCAGUUUGUCGGAACUUUAAAAUGGGUGUAAAUAGGCAGACUUCAUUUCAUUCUUGUUGUUACUAUAAAGGGUACUUUCCGGCGUCACUAACAGAAAACUGCAAGCAAAUUGUUUUUUAAGUUUAAACAAUUGAAUUGAAUGGCGUAUAUGUGAGAUCUCUGUGUGUAAAGAUAAAAAUUUUGUUGCUCCAGGAGCACAUGUGAAUGUCAAGCAUUUAAAUAAUAAAUACUAAACA